AUGCUUAUUCAACCAAUAUUUUUGUUGCUUUCAAUUUUUGUUGGAUUCGGAGAAUGUGGAAAAUCGCGACGAAUCAGCGAUGACGAGUAUUUCGGAGUGUCUUCACCAAAACCACCACCACGUGAGUGUUUUUUUCAAACAUCUUUCAUUGACAUCAGAAAAAAUAAGCCGUUGAGAGAUUAUCUGAUUGUGAAUUUUAAUUUUGAAUAUUGAAAAAUAAAAAGAAGAAGGAAUUGAACGAUUUUCAUAAAAAAAGCAUUUUGGAGUCAAAAUUUGGAAGAAUAGCGAUUCUAAGAAACUGAAAAUGAUUUUUUAAAUGAUUUUUUUGUUCAGUUUCUUGAAUCCAAUUUCCUUUGAAUCCGAAAUCAACAAAAUAACUACAAAAUUUUUUCGAUUUUUUGCAUAGUAUUUAAAAAAAAAAGAUUAAAAAUGGUUUCGACUCUCAAAAUGAAAUUGUUACUGUAAAUAUUUAUUCAUCGGUCUUUAGAACUCAUUUUUAAAAUACUUCAGAGUUUAGUGAAUUUUUCUUCACAGUUUCAUUAGAAACAACAGUUCCUUUUUUGACAAUAUCUGAUAAUUUUUCAGAAACUCAUACAUAUGAUAAUUAUGCACUUUGUGUUGAUCUCUGUGAGAUUCCGUGCACCCAAACAAUUGUUCAUUUUGGAUUAGAAGAAAAAACGUGGCAUCAAUGCACACAAUUGAAAAAACCAGAAGAGUCAUUUAUGGAUGCUAUGAAAAGUGGAUCUCUACUCAACACCUUAAUCAUGAUUCUUAUUAUAACAAUUGUCUCGAUUCUUCUGAUUAUGUGCGUUUAUUAUUGCUGCUGUACUAGACCAAAAAUUGAGAAGAAAUAUGGGGAAGUUGGACAUGAAGAGUUUAUGUAUGUUUUUUUUUUCAAAAUUCAUAAUAUGUAACUGAAUGAAAACAAUUAUUUUCAUUCCAGUGAGAAAUUGGAUCCAUAUCACCCACAAAAUCAUCACAAUCAUCAUCAUACUCGAGACGAUCGACAAACAAUUAACAAGAAGAGUAACGUUAUUGAAUGCUAA